AGGCGGAGGUUUGUUUACUUGAUUUGAGUUCUACAAGCAAAAACACACUUUUGUAUUUGGUGCAGUCAAGGUUUUACAGUUUGUGGUUUACUUAAUAAUAACAACUGCUGAAUAAACCAUAGAAAUAUCUCUAUUAUGUAGUAUUUGAAAACAAACUAUUUCUUAAGAACAAAUUAUGUUGACAUUGUUGCUGUAUUUUACAAACACAGAGCCUAUGCCUUUUGUUAGAAACCAGGGAGCACAUGAGUUGUAGCUGUGAUUUUAAAAUUUAAUUUACAAGAAACUAAUGGAAUUGGUCUUUUUGUUGGUGACAUCAUUUUUCAUCGUUUCUGCCAAGAAAAGUGCCACAGUAGGGAACAGCUUUCAUUAUGUGAUUUACAGAAGCAUAUUUGCUUUUCAGAAUCUUGAAAACUCAAAUCCUAUUACAUUCCGGCCCUCUCUGGAUGGCAAGGCAGGCCUACCUAGCUGGCUGAAAUAUUACCAAGAAGACACGACAGAAAAUGGCUUCUUAUAUGGCACACCUCAGUUAAGCGAUGUAGGCAACACCAACUUAGAGAUAAUCGCUUUGAACAGAGCAACAUAUAAAACAGCAAGGGUGGAGUUGGUGAUCACCGUUCAAGAUAACACAGAUUCCGCUGAUUUCCUAGCUGCCUUCAAUGUCACAAACAAGAAUUUAACUGAAAUGCUGACAAAUCCAGAACAGGAAUCGUUCCUCCAAAAAACAUCAGUCAUUUGGGAAACUGCAAACAACUUAUUUAUCUACAAUAUUGGCAGUUCAGGGAAACGAAAUCCAAGCCCUGAAAACUCAGAUCAAUACGAAGGGGUGAUAGUCACCGUUGGCUCUUCCAGUCCAUUUUCUACAAAGUUAACAGAAGGUUAUGAGGUUUUGAAUUGUAAUAGCACAGUGAAUGAAAGCCUCAGCAGCGAUACUCAGAUGGAGACGUGGAAUCAGAUAUUUGCCACAGAAUUUGUCAUUGAUUGGUGCUAUUUCAAUUUGACUAACGUUGAAGAAGAAGCUACUCCGACACCUUUGUUCCUCGGUGGGGAUUUUGAUUCCCAUGUGUACAACCCUGGACGUCUUCGAGAUAUACGAAGAAGUUUCUAUAUGAUAGUGAUCUUUCCUAUAGCUCUUGCGUUUCUGUUCUCAUGUUUGCUUGGGUACUUGAUGUUUUGCCGAAGGGAAGGAGUCGUCAAAAGAAAUGUCAAUACACCUGAAGAACAACUUAUUUAUCAUAAAAAUAUAAAAAGGUCAACUAAGGAUUUGAGAAAGAUGAACAACAGGAGGAACAAUGCUGGUACCAUGUUUUCACCAUACACAGGAAGUCCCAACUCCAUCUACCAACCAAGACUCCGAUCUAACAGACCAUCUGAAGAAGAACCACUGACCAGUUCACCUGCCGCAAACCCAGAGACAUCACCACCCAUUUAUCGUCUGCCACCUUUUUCAACUGAUCGGCAAGAAACAAGUUUUAUUGAGCCAAGGACGUCAACACAACCAUCUGAUCCUAGUUUGAAAACUGGUAUAUCUAGAAAGACUUCCUCACCAACAGCUUUUUACAGAAGCAGAGAAUCAACUGCCUAAUACCAGUACUGUAGAUGUUAGAGUGAACACCAAAUUGGACUGAUGUUGGUGUAGGCUUAUUACCCAUGAACCCAAAUUUCAAACUAAGGCGAGAAGUUUUUUUAUACCUUGUUUAGUGAACACACCACAAGCCAAUAAUGAUGAUUUUAAAUAAAAAUAAAAUUAUAUUUUUGGCCAAUUAGCGCGCCCACUGCCAUGAAAAAAUGAAAAAAUGGA